UUUAAUAGACAGGUCCCCAGGGAGGUUGGUCAGUUCAGUUAGAAAAAAAUCCCAAGCGAGGAGGUUGACUCGAGGUAGGAUACGAUGGCGUUCUCCUUGACGACCCGCAAUCCAACUGACACACCAAGGACCUCCGGUCACAUGAUCAUGCACGCCGUGACCAUCGCCCUGGCAACCCUUACACACAUCCUCUGUGAGGUGGUUCGCUGUCUGGCGACCGACCCCAGCACGCCCAACGCCCUCUUCCAGGUGUCUGCGAGGAAUGUGUCGGCUACCUUUCCCAUGGAGGUCAGCAUGGACACCUGGGCGGAGAACUGCUGGAUCAUGAUCAACAUCUGGACGCUUGCUUGGAUGUUGCACGCCAUGGCUACCCUGUUCCAGCGAUCCGUAGUUGGACCUCUGUCCUGCAACCCAGAGAUCCACUCCCCUCUGUUCUUCCUCGUUUGGACCACCAUCAACAUGUUCAGGAUGGCCGCGAUCCUCCACUGGUCCAGAUAUGAUCUGGUUGGGACGUUGCUAUCCAGGUGGCUGGUGGUGGGGUGUAGUUUCUUCACCCUGGGAAUGUCCUACCGUAACCUGGCCCACCACAGUGCCUGGCUUCAAAUCAACCACCCAGCACAGAUCUGCUGGAUACGAUACCUGGCCCAGAACGGUUUGGCUGUGUUCUGCUGCUGGUCCCUGCUGGAGGCGCUGGUGGUUCUGGGUCAGGUCCUCUGCUACGUGGGGGGCUUCCCGGACCCUAUGAUCAGCUCUAUCAUCUUCCUCCUCAUCCUCCUGUUCAUCAAAGUCUGGAUUGCGCUUGAGAGACUUGUGUUCCCCAGACACCUAUGCUACACCUUCACCACGUACCCCACCCUGAUCCUGGGCCUUGGAGCCAUGUUCACCGCCAGCUACCAGUUCCAAGCCAUGGCUGCUAACACCAUCUUAUGUGGUAUCAUAAUGGUGUUAGCCACCUGCUUCAGCAUCGCCAGCACCGUCUACAGCUGUUUUCUUGACGAUGAACCCCCCGUCCACUCUCCGGCGUUAGAGUUCGACCUGACCUCGGAGGGAUGCGAGACAGUGUGCAAGGUGGAGAGCGACAAGACCAAACGCAUCAAGUCUGUUCCGCACAUCCUCAAGAAAAUACUCAGUGACGUUAGAGUUGGGUCACAUUAAAAGAACAGACUUCCUGCGGCUGACCCCGUUUCUGUGUAUGUGAAUAAAUAGAGUAAAGUGUGUCUGCUGAUUGUUUUACGUGUCUUAGUUUGGUUAAUGGUUGGUAUUUUGGAUGCACUGCAAUGUAAUCACCAGCAGGGCGUGCUAAGGAAACACGUCAAAUAACAGGGACUUGAUGUGAUCAUAUGGGCUCCGGCUUGAUUGUACACUUCAUGCAACCUCCCGUUGGAUUGAGCAAUGAUUACAUUGCGUGUUUUCAGUUGAGAAAUCUGAUUUGUAUUUUUUAGACAGGUACCACUACACGGUUUAAGUCGUUAAUUUUGCGUUUGGAAAUUAUCAUUCAGUGUUUUCCCGUCUCCUACCUGCUUAGGUCUAAGCAUACAAUGACUAGACCACACAAAAUAAAUCGAAAGGAUAAUUGGGCCACCUGUUGGUGAAUAAAUUUGGUUUGAACCGGA